AUGGCGUUGUCCGCUGCCCUUCCCGAGACACUUCGUUCUGUCACCUCAACCAAGAUCCAGGAGCUCAGAAAACAAAGAGACCAGUUUGAAGCCUUCAAAAACCAGGCUCUCAACGACGCUGAGCCAGCAACUGACGAUCUCGAAAAGACAGCCCUCCUCCUCAAUGCGGGCUACCGUCAUGCUGGAGUCCAAGUGAUGGAUGACGAUUUUUCUGGCGCCCGAAAAGAUCCAGCAUUUACUCCCGAUUUAGUUCGAAGGAUGCAAACCGACUUGCUCAAAGACCUCGAGCUUGAAAGCGUCCAACGCGAACGUGCUCAAUUCUUCUCUGAGCUAGUUACUGAGUGGCUCUCCAGCUCCGAAAGUUCACGUGCAGACCAACCGGCACAGGACGUAAUGGAGGAUUCUUCGUUUGAGAGUGUUGGUCGAAAGGAGAUGCAUGAACAACGAGCUCAAGACUAUCUCAAUCAAUUAUUCAAGAAUGACGAAGCAGUCUCAAAUGCAUUCAAGGAGAUCGAGACUAGUACCAAAACGUACGGAGAUUUGCUCCAACGUACCAGCGACUUCUUUAGCCCUUCUCUUAUCGAAUCCACCGUUCAAGGAGUUCUUCAGACCGAUUUGCUGUCUGGAGAAAGAACUGCCACUUUGAAAUCCUUCCAAAACAACAAGGUGGUCCUUCAAGAAGUCGCCGAUGUCCUCAACAUGAGAUUCUCCUCCCUUGAAACGUGGAAAUGGACCACGAUCCACGGUGCCAUCCCCGUCGAACAACGUCGACAGUUGAAUGGCAAAUAUCGAGUCUUUAUGGAUGAAGAUGUUCUCGACGCGCUGUUGCUACACUCAAUUGGUAUGAAAUGGACUAUCCAUUUCAAGUCUUGUUUGACCAACUUCUUUCAGUCUUUGGCCUGGAAGACCGCAACCAGAAACAUCCCGAAGAUUGACCAGGACCGGCGUUUGUAUUUCCUAAACGAGACUGAUGUAGCAUUCAAUACCGUGGAUCAAAGACGCUGGUCUCAGUACAAAGAAGACUAUUUUCUCACGCAGCUCCCAAUGGUAGAGUCUGAAGGCACUCGGGGUUAUGGAGAUGAGGAUGACGAGCUUCCAAAGCAAUCAAGGAAAAGCCCUCUCGAAAUCAAACAAAGCCUGCUUCAUCUUCUCAUCACUGAGGCUCUCAUUGCCAAGCAUCUGCGUCCCGGUAUCUCUCACCACGGUCAUUCGGUCCGAUUUCCAGUGGUUUGGUCCCUCUCUUCCUCAUGA